AUGGAAGAACUGGAGGAGGUACUCCGUAGUAGUGAAGAGGAAAGGAGACGGCUCGAGGAAGAGCGAGCCAAAGAAGAGGAACUUUUGUCCAAAGCUCUUGCCAUAACAGAUGGGGCACAGGCCGAAGCAGUUGGAAAAUCAAGCUCAGUUGGUACUGCUGAUACAUCCGCUACUGAAGCAGAUGGACAGACGAGAAAUGCACAACUUGCUAAUGACGCUGAAAAGGCUACCGCAAAACAAGUCCGUGAGAAUUCUGAAGCAAAACCGACAAGAGCAGCUUCUGCUAAGAGGGAGAAACGCGAUGGUUUUGAAGAAGAAGUUAUUUUCAGGGAAGGCCGUCCGCCUACUUCGAAGAGACCAAGUUCACAGGAGAGAAGGGCUUCACUGAAAAGCGCCACUAAGGAGGGGAAGCCAUCCACAGAAGGGAGAAAACGAAAAGAUGAAACAGGGAAAAAGACUGCAUCUGAAGAAGAAGAGCAAGGACUUAUGCAAGGACCGAGGACAAAGAAUGUUUACGAUGUCAAUGCUCUUCUACAAGAACCGUCUCGACUUAAUUCCGCUACAGUUCGAAGUCGAGAGGAGUAUCUGCGAAUGCAAAGAGAUCGUCUUCUUGCCAUGAAAGCAUCUGAAAGGGAAAAACAGAUGAAUGUAGGUGAACGUGCAUCAAAAUUCAUCGAUUUAUUGUAACU